AUGACAACACAAGACACAGAAAUCAUGACUUUCACCUCCGUCCUCAUCUGGACUCUCCUCUGCUGCUGCCUCACAGAGUCCAGAGGACAGGUCACAGUGACUCAGUCUGGAGCAGUGACAUCUGCUGUGGGAGGAUCUGCCACCAUCACAUGUAGAACCAGUCAGAAUGUCUACAACUCAAACCGUCUAUGCUGGUACCAACAGAGAGAUGGAGAAACUCCUAAACUCCUUAUUUACUAUGCUUCCACUCGAGCAUCAGGGAGUCCAGGUCGUUUUACAGGCAGUGGAUCAAAUUCUGACUUCACUCUGACCAUCAGUGGAGUCCAGGCUGAAGAUGCUGCAGUUUACUACUGUCUGGGUCGAUUUGAUGUUAACAAGUGGGAUCUGUUCACACAGCUGUCCUUCAUGACAACACAAGACACAGAAAUCAUGACUUUCACCUCCGUCCUCAUCUGGACUCUCCUCUGCUGCUGCCUCACAGAGUCCAGAGAACAGGUCACAUUGACUCAGUCUGGAGCAGUGACAUCUGCUCUGGGAGGAUCUGCCACCGUCACAUGUAGAACCAGUCAGAAUGUCUACAGCAACUACCUAUCCUGGUACCAACAGAGAGAUGGAGAAACUCCUAAACUCCUUAUUUACUAUGCUUCCACUCGAGCAUCAGGGAUUCCAGGUCGUUUUACAGGCAGUGGAUCAAAUUCUGACUUCACUCUGACCAUCAGUGGAGUCCAGGCUGAAGAUGCUGCAGUUUACUACUGUCUGGGUGUAUUUGAUUCUAGCAAGUGGGAUCUGUUCACACAGUGAAAAAGCCUCGUACAAAAACCUCCUUCAGUCAGACUGAACUGAAACCGAAGUGACUGCAGAGACUGAUACAGUUCACUGAGGACACAUGCCAGUGAUUUAAUGAACUUUAUUACACUAUUUCA